UCCUGUUGCGCGUGAGGAGAUUAACGCAACUACUGAAGUCGCGCUCUACCUGCGCGGCACCCGCCUGGUUUCCAAGCACCUGCUGCGCUACUGGCGCCAGGUACGGAAACAUCUUGCGACCAGUGUUUCGCCACCAAGGCAGUACUUCCCGCGUCUCACCUCUUCUGCCGUCAUGUACAGCGCCUGAAAGCGCUCGAGUUCUUGGCUGACCUGCUGCAUGAGCACCUUGUCCUCGCUGUCGCCCUCGCCCACGUCUUCAGUAUCGCCGCGGACCCUGUUUCGUGCCAGGGAAGCAAACCUAGGCCUGGCUUUCGUGGCCGGCGUGGAGAGGCGCUUCAGCGGUGGUUGGCCGCCCUCUGCGGUCGCACGUGCCGAGUGUUUCUUCCGCGCAGCCUCCGACGCCCUCGCUUUGAUGUCCGCCCAGCAAUCGUUCAGUUUCUGAUCCACCUCGGUGUCGAUGGUAUGGGACCGCCGAUGACACACCGUAUCCGGCGCUUCCUAGCAGGCGCAUCAAGCACGUCCUGGUGGAGAUGUUAGUCGCCACCAAGAAGGUGUUUGCGUGGCUUCACCGCCCGGCUGCUGCUCGGGUCUGUCAUGAGGCAUGUGUUCCAGAGUGGGACCGCGCCAUGGUGUUGUGUUGUGUCCCACAGCAGGGCACAUCAGAGCACACACACCAGCGGCGCCCUCGCUCGUGCGCGUCGGUGUUCUUAGGGAGCUUUCGGCCCGUUCCGUGCAAUUUUAUUGGUCAGUCGAUUUUCCAUCAGGAAGAUCCGAGGUCACUUU